AUAUUACCAAACCAAAUUCUUUUCUGUUGUUGCGACAUUCACGCUUCCGUUACGGAAACAGCAAUGGCGGGCUUUCCAAAGAGUUUUGUUUACCAUGAUUCCCUUUGAGAUUUUACUUGGACAGUAUUGAUAUGAGUUCCAGACUUAAUCCAACAGAGUGUCAAUCUGCCUUUGAAGAAUUGUACAAGAGUUCCCCAGCUCCUAUCGCUUUGAGGUCCACAAGUUUCAACAAUGGCAACAAGUCAGUGUUCAUAAGUCCCCAACCCCUGUGUCACCAGCUCAUUAGUCCGCGCCCCAUUGUCACCUCCACAUCGGGGCCAAGGACAGAACUCAAGGCGCAGGUAUUUGAGUCCCUCAAGAGACCCAGUGAUGCAAAGACUGGUGAUAAUGUCCUGCCUGAGGGUUGCAACACAGACAACCAAAAGCACACUAUGACAGAGGGAGGGGAAGGGCACUGUGUGGUGUCCUCACAUGGAAAACAUGAGGCUGGCAUUCGUACAACCACGCCCACCCAGCCUGACACCUCCACUGCUGAUGUCAUGCCAGCUCUGCGGAAUUCUGCUCAAAAUGACAUAGCUGAGGAGGAUGAAGAAGAGGACCCGAUUAUUGACAACUUCUUUUCCAAGAAGAUGCCAAGAGAUACUGACUCUCAGACAGAAGAACAAGGAGAAGAAACUUGCCAGGAUGCUGAUGUUGAGGAUGCAUCGGAAAUGUCCUCCUCACAGGAAGAAUACUUGCCAGUUACAAGAGCCAAGCGGAGACAAGACCACGAAAACUCUCUACAUCAACCUACGAAACUGUAUGAGUGGAUUAUCAAACCAAUGCCUCUCUCAAGGGGAAUUUGUCUGGAUGGCAAGAGAGAUAGGAAAGUAGCGGAGUACUGGCAGACUGGGGUUGUGACGGAGAGGCUCACGGCGACCAUGGUAGCCACAUCCAGUGGAUCCCGGUAUCAGCUUGUUGGACAGAUGGAUCUCUAUGAGGCAACAGAAGCUGGAAUCCCUCCUGAAACAGCCAAGAAGUUCAAGAAAGGGUUUCCAGCCAGCUGGCUCCAUUUGGUGAAGGAGUUUUUCUCCUCCCUUGAUCAAGAGGGUGAAGACAGUGUUGUGGAGGACGAUGAAGUCGAUGAUGCCCUGUGUAGUCAGCCCGUGGAGCCUGUGGAGCCUGUCGCCCUGACGAAACUCAAAACAGGAAAGCGAGAACGCGACCAGUAUUACAUAGACUCUCAAGACAGUGAGGAGGAAGACAAACAGGAACAAGAGCAAGAGAAGGAAGAAGGAAAACAGGAGGAGAAGAUGGAAAACCGACGAACAGGGUUUUCUCGAACAUGUAACACAAGAAAUAAAUAUGCUAGUAAAUCAACAACCGAUUCUGAAAAAGACACCACUAAAAAGUCCUCAAGCGAGGAUAUUUUCGAACCAAAAGAAGAUACCCAAAUUCAGAAGAAGAGUGUUCAAAGUAAGGUAAAGCAGUCGAAGGAAAAGCAAAAGCAGGUGGCAUUACCUUCAGAAGAAGAAGCCUCUUCAGCAGAUGAGGCCAAGGUGGUAGAGCAAAGAAUCGAAGAUUCAGCUAAAGAAAACAAGGUGACCAAACUGCAUCUGUGGAUCAUUAAACCAAUGCAGAGCAAGCUUGGAGUAUGUCUUGAAGGGCAGCGAGACCGAGAGGAUGAGUACUGGCACAGCUCGGUGAUCUGUCAGCGACUUGAUCAGAAACGAGUUAUGACAUCUUCUGGAUCUGUGUAUCAGCUUGUGGGACCCAUUCAGAAACUGGAUGCUCUAGAAGCUGGUAUUCCAGAAAAAAUUGUUAAAGCUUUUCAGAAUGGCUUUCCUAAGAACUGGGAGAAUGUUUUGAAGAAAUACUACGUUGAUAUUGAGAGUGCUUCAGAAACAACGGAAACAACAGAGACAACAACGACUUCUGUUAAGAACACAAAAAAGAAGAAAUCUCGUAAGAAAGCUAAGAAAGAGAUACCAGUGUCUGAAGAUGAAGAUGAAGACCCAAAUAAAACAUUGUGUACACCUUCGGGACAGAGGGUUAAUCUUGAAAAACUUCCCCAAACUCGUAGUGGAAGACAAGUUAUGCCACGGCUUGCCUGGUGGAUGGGACAGCGACGCUCGUACGAUGUGAGGGGUAAUAUCAUUGAAAUAUCUCGGGGCACUCCACAUGCUGAAUCCCAUAUCAAGAAGACAUACUCCGAGUACAAGACUCGUUCGCAUCAAUGUAGAAAGUAUGUUCCUGCAAAUACAAGCAGUAUGUCUACUCCCCAAAGACAAAGCUCAAAUGUCCAGUCACAAGUCCUUGAUAUUAUUGAGAAGGCUAAAUCCGACCGAACUCUGCCUAAAGAGCGUCGUGAAACUUGCUACGACAAGAGAACAAAAGAGACGCGAAGACAGAGCAAGCUUGAUAUGCUCCCUGUUGUUCCCGUGACUUUAUUGAAAGAAAAUAUCAGAAAUAAGGAAUCAAAGACUGAUGUGUGUGAGAAAAAGGACAAAAUUAAACAAAAUCCAGCUCCAAGUAGAAGACGUAUUUUAGAAAUACGCGAAACUUCUUCAAGCGAGGAAGAGGACUUAAGUUCCAAUAGGAAGUCAAAUAUUCAAUCUAAAUCACAAACAUUCAAAUCCAAAAGUUCUAAAACAAAAGUUUCAAGAAAGCGAAAAAGUACUGUGUCAUCGUCAGAAAGCGAUGAUGUUGGAACAAAGAAAGCAAGGAGGAUGCAAAAAAGAAUGGAUGAAUCGGAAGAGGAGUCAGCCACAAGUCAGACUAAAACUAAUAAAAAUGUGUCCAAGAAGAAAAAGACCAUUUCUAAGAAGGGAACCACAAAAUCACCAACUGAAUGGGGCAAGUCUGAAAUAAUGAGACUUUAUAGAGCUAUAGAACGGACGAGAGAAGAACAUCCCUACUUCUGGGAUGUCAUUGCAGAAGCUGUUGAGACGAGGACAAUGGAUGAAUGUCGCAUUUAUUAUGAAAACUCACCCAACACCACCUCUAAACCUGAACCCAAAACAAAGUCCAAACCCAAAGGGAAAUCGAAGAAAGGAAAGGCCAAAUACACAGAAACAGAAGAUGAUGACUUUUUCAAGGCGACUCCAUUUAGACCAAGCAACAACAAAAAGAGUAAGACAUUCAACCUGACAGCAGAGGAAACCUUGACCUUUGAUGAGGAAUGUCUUCCCACUCCAGGAGCUCUACACAAGACUCCCAUCGUCAAGGACAUUCAGAGUCUAAGAAUGGAAAAAGCUCUCAAUAAGAGCCGGUUGGCCAGACCGGAGGAGGAGGAAGAUGAGGAGGAGGAGACUGAUGCAGGCAGUAAACCAGCAGCCAGUGUGAAGACAACCAAGAGCAAACCUCAGUCCAAUGCACACAAUAUUGCUGGUGUGACUGCGGGGCGAGGCACCAUGAAGCGCAAGGAGCAGCUGCGGGAGGUCUACAACAAACACAACAAAGGAGUGGAGGACGACAUCUUUGACGCCACGCCUCACAAAACAGGCAUUCAGAAAAAGUCACUGCCACAGAAGUUUACACUGACAGAGGAAGAAGAGCUUGAUUUUGAAUCGGAGUGUUUGCCUACACCAGGCAUUCGACACAAGACGCCUAUCGUUUCUCAAGGUUCCCGCUUCUCUCACAAGACACCCACCAGUGGUGUCAAAACUGUCACUACUCCGUGGCUCAACCCUCUCAAUAGAAAAAUGGCAGAUCAGGUGAUUGCACAGAAUCAGCGGAAAGGAGGGAGACAGAACAGAGGAAAGGAUUCCAAGAGUCAAACGCCUCGAGCAAGGGGUGCUGAGAAGGCCGGCCCUACCAAGUCACUGUUCAGAAAUGACACCACUCUUACAAACCUGUUUGAAGAGGUGGAGGAAGAAGAGGAAAUGGAUGAGGAAGAAAAGGACUACUACUGGUCUGAUGAAGACUAGCAGAUUGUAAUGAUGGUUCAAGACAUGGUGUCAUUUGUCCCUGCAGUGUGCACCUCCGUAGCAGCAUCCUUAGAGUCCUCUGACCACCCUGCACGAUUCUGGAGGCGUGGCUGCCGUCAGUGUUGUCGAGUCUUACAGGUUGUUCUGGUGCGGAAGUACUGUUACUGUUUAGCAUGUACCCUGCAGUACACUUCAGAAGCUUCAGAAGGACAUGAAGAGAUUGUGACUGGUUCCCCAGAUAAGUACAACUAGUGCAGCCAUGUUGGUGGUGAUGAACUUGAUGUGGAUGCAUGGUAAUGGUGGUUCAAGAGGGACAAGGUUCAAGCCAAUUAGUAGAUGCUGAUUGAGAACUUGCUUUGAUUUUCCGUAAUCUUCAAUGUGAUGAUGGAUAUCAGUCUGGUUGUUAUGAUUCAAUCUCAUGUUGCUACAAGUGACCAAUUACUAUAUCAAGAUUUAGGCGGGAAUUGGGCAUCAUGAAGUGGAGCAUCUUAAACAGAUAUUAAAAAUUCAAAAGCUGUGAAACUUUCUGCGGUGCUGGGAUAGCCUACUGGUUAAAGCAUUUGCUUGUCAUGCAUAAAGUCUGGGUUUCAUUCCUAUCAGGGUACAAUAUGUGAAGCUCAGUUGUGUACCUCACGGGAAGUUCCUGGAAUAUUGUUGAAGCAGCAUACGACCAAGCUCACUCACUCACUCACUUUAUAUGGGGGAUGUCCCAUAGGCAGGAUGUCCUCAUGGUCCGAUUGGUCAGAUGUUAAAGUAACUACAGAAGAUGUGUGCGUGUCAAGCGAUAGCGCUCUAAAGAACUGAGUUCAGCCGGGUGGUGACGGACAAUGCUGGCCCAGUACACAUGAUACAGGGUGACAGUCACCAGGCUGGAGAACUAAGCACAGAGAUUCCUAUGGCACAACAGCUACUAAGAACAUGUUAACUAGUGUUGUGUCAAACUGUUAAUUAAAAUUGUAAUAAAAUGAAAAGUAAUAAAAUUAAAUAAAAGUAUUGUAGACAGGGCCAGGGGCUAUAUAUCAGAUAUAUGUUUCAUGAUUUCCGAGAAAAAAAGGUUGGUGUUACUAUGGUUACCCUGGGAAAAACUGCAGGAACAUGUGGAAUUUCUAAUCUCAUCUGAUGCAGUGACAGCUGAUGGGUGGUGUAUUGGCGACACGUUUUACUUGUUUUAUCUGGAUAUUUAUUUUAAAGGUUUGUUAUUACUUGUACAUUGAAUUGUAUAUUUAUUCCAUUUGGUGUGAUUAUUAUGUUUCUUUAGAAUCAUUUCCGUCAUGUAAUAAUGACUAUAAUGACAGAUCUAUGGUCAUGACGGGGAUGCUGCCCUGAAAGUCUAAUACAAAACUCACAAGUGUGUGAUUUAUUUUACCGGUCACGUGAUAUUUUUUGGGGAAAAUUCUGUUUUGGUCAAAUCUUGAUAUAGGGACACACACACUAUCAUAUAUAUGAUCUGAACAGCAAGGAAAUACGGUAAUUUGGUUCUUUGAAGCCAUGAAAUGGAUCGAAUACAGGCAGCAGUUGAAUGACUUAUGUUGAUUUUGCCAUUAACUCAUUAAAUUAAAUAAAUUUGUUCAAAUAACACUGAUUUGUGGCCACAACUGAAGCUGUAUUUAAAAAAGCAGGAUAAGAAUAUUCCAAGAGUAAAUUUUCCUUCCCUAGUUUUAGCACCUUCGAGUCAGUAGAGCUUUGAGAGAAAUGACCUAAUAAUAUGACACAGUACAGAACAUGGCAUUGAUGGGGAAGAAGAGACAGUGAGUUCUCUUUGACAUGAGCAUUGUGUCAAACAAGCAGGCUUGUGAUACAGGGCGCUGACUGUUAGAAUUUGUUUUCAUCCUCGGAAAUGGGCAUUCAUCUAAUGAAUUCAUGUGGGGUAUUAAUAGAUCCUUUCAUGUGUCCUGGGCCGACUAACAAAGGAAGAAUGGACAUGUAGUAGUCCUGUGUACUGACUGCAAAUGGUCUUGGCCAUCAGCAGCCAUUUUCUGGCAUAUUCAUUAAAGCAACCGACCUUAGGCUAAAAAGAAUAAUGGUCUUGGUUCUCAGGCACUGCCCGCAUCAUCAUAAAGUCUGCUGCACAUUUCGUUUUAUUUCCAUUUAAAAAAAAAUAUUAGAAAUCCUAAUACUUAAAAACAAUCGAUCCAAUAUGUCACACAGUUACUUCCCUUUACAUGCACACUGCUUUACUGCACAUCUCGUGUUAUGGUCAUGGCAGCAAUAGGUUUUUGUGCUUGUUUAUGUCGGGAGACCCUGUCCCAGGUCGAUGGUACACAACUGUUUAUUUGGGUACAUACUAGUUUGAACAAGCAAAAAAUAAACACCGCACACCAUAUUUUCAAAAGUCUUUGCCUGAGAACCAAUUCUUUUAUAUAUAUUUUUUGCCUUAUGUCUGAAGACGUUGAUGACAACAGAAUCUUAUUCUUACACUGUAUCAUGUAGCAUGCUAUAUGUGUUGUAUUGAUAUGCUUGCUUUGUUUGAUAGGCAUUACUUGUAUUGCUGACUGACUCUCUUUUGCAAUAGAUAUGUGCAUACAUAUAGGCAGGGCAGGGCAGGGCAGGGCAGGGCUGUACCUCCUGUACUGCAGCAUCUCAUCAUCAAUUGGUAUUACACACGAGGCAAUGAUUUAGCACGCAUCGUCCAGGACAUCACCACAAACAUGCAUCAGUAACACAGGGCUGUACAUGACGCCAUAAUAUGUGCGUCCAGGACGCACAAAUGUUGAGAUUGGACGCAGAAAAAGAAUAUACUGCGUCCCGAGGGAUGCACAAUAAUAUUCAGUGUUCCUCCAGAGCAUCAAGUUAUUGGCGUCCGUCAUUUCAUCCAUCAAUCAUGACCACAGUGCACGUGAUCAUUGAUUCAUUUCAGGCUCAUUCAUUCAUUCAUUCAUUCAUUCAUUCAUUCAUUCAAGUAAUUAUCCCAAUGUACAGUACACUUCACCAUUUCAUUACUUAACAGGAUCCAUACUGCCUGCAAGGACCCUUCAAAUUAAUUAUUGGGGUUGCCCUGUAAGUCAAGGUAAAACCCUUGUAACAGCUGCAUGAUACUCCCAUGAUGUACUCCCAUGAUCACAUGUUGCACACUUUCAGUAGGACUUCUUUAUCAUCUUUACAACAGGAUAAGAAACCAGCCUGGAUGGCUGACAUUUCAGUCCACAGAACUGUCGCUCAAACAAGACCAAACAAUGAAGUCAUCAUGAGAAUGAUGUGUCCACAAUAUGUCAGGACCUGCAGUGCUUGACUUGACACUUUCUGACACCCACUGGUCCGUGAGUCAUGCUGGUCCCAAUGUUGUCAUUUUCUUAGAGACCAGUGGAAAAAAUGAAAUGGUGGUCCAACUUCUAGUGUGAUGUUUGGGGAACUCUUGAUUAUUUCUCGGAUUGGAAACUGAUAUGUGGUGCAAACUCAUGGAAUAUUGUUUUCUUCUUCUUUCUAUGUUAGUUAUUAUUGUCUUGAUUGUUAUCACCAGUAGACUACUAGACCCAAAAGAACCAGUAGAUCUCCUCGUGAUCUAGUUCUUUGGACGAACACCAAAGUGUGGUGAGUGUCAAACACUGCUAUGAGUAAGAACAGUGUUAACAAUCUGCCAUAUACAGGGAUGAGAAUCUUCCGCAGAUCCGCAAAUUUUAGUGACCACAAGUUUGUUAAAUUCUGAUGAACCACCCAUAAAUUAUGGACCACGAUCCAUGAAAGACGUUUCAGCUGAAAAGGAAAAUAUCCAUGUUCAUCCCUGCAUAUAUCAGGAUGGGCCAAGGUGCUGCCAACUCGAGCACUUUGAGGUUUGCCAGGACUGUUAAGUUUAGGGUUCAAAUCCAAGAUUUGUCCCCAUCUAAACUGCCAGGCAAAAGAAAGUACAUGUAUACACUUGAAAAUUGGAUUUGACCAAAAAUUACAAACGUCAAAACUUUACAAGGCUGAAACAGUCGACGAAACACUGCAAACUGGAGGCCCACACCCGUAUCAAAUACAUCACCAUCGAAUAACCAUUUCUUGUUUGUUUCAUUUGUAGUCACCAUCAAACAUGGGCGUAUACUUUCUUUUGCCCGGCAGAUCCUUUAAAAACUACUCUCGGAGUGACUGUUGAUUGUUAAUCAUCUGCUUUUGGCUGCAUAACUAUUGUCUUCCAGUUCUUUCAUUGUUUGAGGCAACAUUGCCAUUUGUUCAGUGGUAUUGAUGAAGUAGGGAUGAUGUGAUGAACGAUGGGUAUGCUCUAAUGUCUAAAUGUGCGACAGGGCAGUAAGGUAGUUUAGUUAGUUAAUGCAGUUGAUUAAUAAGGCCUGGUUUGUUGUAUGUCUUGUUUAAUCUCAGUUGUCAUGGUUGUAAAAUGGCAAAACAGCUUGAACAUUACAGUGAUAAAUGGAACCAAAAAGACAUCAGACAUCAAAGUGUAUGUCCCCAUAGUGUCCCAAGCUUCACUUUAUGAGCUACAGUAAACUACGGCUAUAACGAACUCAAAGGGACUACUAAUUUUAGUUUGUUAUAACCGUAGUUCGUUAUAAGCAUAUAUACAGAAUAACUACAGCAAAUAGUCAGGACCAAAAAGUAAGUUCGUUAUAUCCGCUGUUCGUUAUAAGCGUGUUCGUUUUAACCGUAGUCUACUGUAUUCUAAUUUUAUAAACUACUUGAAAAAAGUUAAGGAACUCCAAAUUCUUACAGUAAAAUGAAUGAAUCUGGUGUUCUUUAACUUGAGUAGUAUUUUUGAUAAUAUUCCUUUGCAAAUGGACUCCUGCUGAGCAUGAAAAUAUUUGGCUUUAUUUGUCAUACAUGUAGUCUCUUUCUUGUUCUUCCUUUAGCAUGUUUGGGUUACAAGUAUAUCUGUGUAAGCUGCAGCCCCCACACUUAGUUCAUGCUUGAGUUCAUGAGCAUCUCUACUGAGUUCUUAUACAUUAUGAAGAUUCUCACAAGGAAGGAAUAGGUUAUUACGAGGUUACAGUGUACACAGUGUAUUGUCCAAAUCUGUGGAGUGUGUUGAAGUGGUGUUAAACACCAUUGACUCACUCACUCGAGACAAACCCUACUUUGAUGCUAGAUCCUUAUUGGAUACAGCCCAAUUCUUACUACUGUAAGUUCUGUUAUGACUUUUAGAGAUCUUCGGUUUUGUUUGAGCGCAUUAAAAUCCGAUAUAGUGUUAUUUCUGUGAUCACCAUGAUGUCAUAGGUAACUUCGUUACUGUUUUGGGGGCGGUCGGGUAGCCUAGUGGUUAAAGCGUUCACUCAUCACGCCGAAGACCUGGGUUCGAUUCCCGACAUGGGUACAAUGUGUGAAGCCCAUUUCUGGUGUCCCCCGCUGUGAUAUUGCUGGAAUAUUGCUAAAAGCGGCGUAAAACCAUACUCACUCACUUACUCAUUACUGUUUGGAGUAAGCUGCUGAAGUGAAGUGUUUCAAAUGUAGAAGUAAGUUACUUUAAACCUCUUACAAUGUUUCUGCUUGUCCUGAAACACCAUGGGAGACAAAUUCAUGUACCUGUAUAUCAAUACCCCAACUGGAGACAAUAAGUAAGUAAGUGUUGGGUUGGAUUAUUAAACUUAGAAAGUAAAAUCAAAACAUGAUGAAAUGCCUUCUUACAAAAUAAAUCUAAACAAUUUUUUUUGGUUUGUUGGACAGCUUUUUUUUUACCCUAACACCUUGUUAUAUAAAAUUAAUCAGAAAAAAAUAAUUUGUGGCUUAUCACAAAUAUGCAAGUAAAUUAUUUGAAAGGGUUGUGUGGCUUCACGAUCUUUCUAGCAAAGAGGCUGGUCGGGCUUGGGCGAUGGAUCAGUGUGUCUGAAACAUAGCUAAUAUCAACUUACAUACUAAUUACAGGGAAAUAUUCUGUUGGAUGUGCUUGUUUUAGAGUACACAUAAUUAAGAGCCCUUUUACAACAAUGUACAGUAGCUUUAAGUUUUCCUUUUAAUAUCAUCUGUACAAUACCUUCAUUACAGAAGUAUACAAUCUCAUUGACAACUUUAAAAAUGAACUGAUUUUUAGUAACAGCAGUCUUGUAUAUAUUGGGUUAAACAUAAACUUCAUGGAGGUAUAACUUUUAAAGUUACAAUGUAUAUUUAAAGCUUUAGGUAUUCAUUUAUGUGGUUUCUUCAUCAUGUAAAUCGUGAUUUUGGGGUGAAAUAUAAACAAGGUGCUUGAAAUUAUCUUAAUUUUGAAGGGAUAAGAAGAUGGCAUCUGGAUUGAUUUGAUCAAUGGACCGGUCUCACUAGCAUCAUUAUUUGUUUGGUCAUUUAUAAGUAUUAUUUCCAAUAUGUGUUCAUGUUAUCUUUAAAGUGUAUGUUAAAAACGAUUAAUUGCGCUAAUGCUGCUUCCUGUCCUCAAGGUGUUCUGCCGAGUUUGCAAUAAAAAGAUGCCAUGUUACUACA